CUCCGUUGCAGUGUUCAUGCACUUCGGAUGAAUGCGAAAGCUACUAAAGGAAUGGCUGUUAUCUAGUAGGACCGCGCUUCGACGCGUUGGAAUGGUGGAGAUAUACUGCACAUAAACCAGGCGAUCUUUAGAUGAAGGAAAUGAAGGAAUUCGAUAGAGGCACCCUCAUUCGAACUGGAUAACAGCUUUUAGAAGCAGAGACUGUAUAAUACCUCACUCUCGUGAAAAUACAAUGACGCUGUCUCAUACAUGUUCUGUGAGAUAAGAAAGUGUAGUGGUACAUUGUCUCCUCAUGCCGCACGUAAAGGCAGUGUGGUCAGUACACUAGUAUGUAAUGCUCGUACUUAACACUACUUGGACAUGUUUUUAGGUAAUAGCACUCGCUGUAUACGCUUUUGUUACGUAUGUGUCGGUUACCCGACCGAACACCGGUGCGAAGUUGAUGCUGGGAAGGGUACGACCAGCGACAGUAAUUCGCUUUCUGUUGUAUUGCAUACUAUACACAUGCAAUUCCGUGAAGGCCACGGUAGAGAGAAUUCCAAUUCGCAAUUCCUGCAGGCUGGAUAAAUCCACUUAUUGUGAGACGUUGUUUCUCCCGUGGCAAUAUGUCGAUCUUGUUUGCGACACAAGCCUCAUCCCCUGUAGCCUCAGUCUUUCUUCACGCUCUCAUCCUUCGAGUCUCUCUUCUUCUCUUCUUCCUUGUCGCCGGACCCGCUGCCACUGCCCUUGUAGUGACUGCCUUCCUUUCCUGGCUCAAAAACUGUAUUGCAGGAAGCGCAAUGCGCCCAAGCACCGUCUUUCGUCAAAUCAGCCCCUGCACCGCACUCUGGACAUUCAACCAUAGCAAAGCUUUCUAAUCGGGUUUCGGAGGAUGGGUAACGGAUAGGGCUUAGGAUGUAAUUGAUGUUCAAUGUUCGGUUGCUCUCUUGCAAUAGAGUUUCAAUGCAGGUUGCGUGCUUGCGCUAAAGUGAGGGGCAUGAUGUCAUAGACCAAUGAGAUACCGCGGAAGCUUCUCAUCAAGCUUACAAUCAUUGGAAUUCAGGCCACUGGUGUAUU